AUGAGAAAACAUCUGACGCCCUUUGAAUCAUCCAUACGUAUUAUAGACCCGGCAUCUUCCCGUCUGUCUGUCUGCUUAAAUAAGAAACUCCUUGCAUAUAUUGUGUCGGGUUUCAUUGUUAUCGAGUUAGACAAGCAAGUGGAAAGACAACGCGAGACGUCGGGUGCAGUGCAAGAACCGCGGGGCAAGAUUAUAAAUAUUAAUAGCGCCGUCGGCCGGCGAGAGGCGCGUCUUCGAAAAUCGCCGCGCAAAAAGCCGCGACCGCUUUUUCCCGGCGUAUCCCUGGACGCCGUGUCAACGACCGGCCCGCACCGGGGCGCAAGGGAGACGGCACGCCGCGUGGAAAGCGGUUACGCAAGCGAACGCACGCGAGAAAGCCGCCAAACGGAGUUGGCUCCGAUCGAAUCGCGAUCCCGCAUCGACGUGACAACCUCGGCGCAAGCUGUCGCGUCGCGCGGGGUCGAACUGGUCACGCGUUACGUG